AUGUUAGGUAAAAUUUUUCAUUAUAUUUUUAAAAAAAUUGUAAUAAUUAAUACUUAUUGGGUGGGACUUCCCUUCUAAAAUUUUUAUUUUUAACUAAAAUUUAGUGUUUAAGAUCAGAAAAAUAAAAAUGAAAUUGGAAAUGAAGGAGCUGAAAAUAUCUUUAGUGCUUUAUCUGAUUGCACAAAUCUCUCUAGCUUAAAAAUAUUUUUACCUAAUGACUGCAUUUCUAAAAUUUCUACUUCAACAAAUUAAAUUAUUUCUCAAAAAAUCUUCUCUAAUCUCUCGGACUUGUAUUUAUGCCUUGGGAAAAAUUAAAUUAACUUUGAAGGUUUAGAAAGUCUUGCUCUUAUUUUAAAUAAAUGCACAAAUCUUUAAACUUUACAUCUAGAUCUUAGCAAGAAUAAAAUUAAUAAUGAAAACGCAUAGAAAUUAGGUGAAUCUUUGUCAAAGUGUUAAAAUCUUGAGACUUUAUAUUUGAAUAUUAGUGAUAAUCAAAUUUCGAAUGAAUGUCUAACAGUUAUUGUUUCUGCCUUGUAAGAUUGUGCCAAACUUUCCACUUUGAAACUCAUUCUCUACAGAAAUCUAAUAAGUGAGGAAGGUCUACUAAAUUUAGGUUCUGCUUUAACAUAAUUAAAAAAUCUGUUUAAACUGGAGUUGCACAUCUCGAUGGACAACAAAAUUGGUUAUUAUGAAGCUGACAAAUUUAUUAACAAUUUAAUAAAUUUAACUAAAAUAUAAAUUUUGACAUUAGACAAUAAUUUAGUAUCUACUGAAGAUCAAUUAAAACUUUAAGAAAUGUAUGAAAACAAACUAAACCUCAGAUUUCUCUUAGAUUUUGGCUUAAACUUAAAAGAGGAAAUAUGA